AUGAGCUCAACUCGACUCAUUUAAACUCUAAUCCCAACCUUAGAGAUGCUCCAUUUUACUAUACGGAGGAUUGCAAUUAAAACUUGAAUUACGUUCUAACAAAAAAUUGUAGCCUUGAGAUUGAUGUUUUUAUGGUCUGCUCCAGUUCUUUGCUAAUUCCCAUAAUACCACUUUUAAUGUCCAUAAGAUCAAAGCUCAGUAAUGUUUACACUUCAAACUUCCAUUCCCUCCGUUGGAUUCAACCUUAUUCUUCCCGCAAAUCCCCCAAGCUCUCUUCUUUUUCGCCCCACCAUAUUUACUCCUGCAAUCUCAAGAUUGUGGAGUUAUCUCACUCAGGGAAGAUCCAAUCUGCCCGCAAGCUGUUCGAUGAAAUGCUUGAAAGAGAUGUUGUGUCUUGGAAUUCAAUGAUCACCGCGUACUGGCAACAUGGGCGUCUGGACCAAUCUAAGAAACUCUUCGUGUCCAUGCCGAAGAGGAAUGUGGUGUCUUGGAAUUCAAUGAUUGCUGGUUGUGUACACAAUGAUUGUUUAGAUGAUGCUUGCCUGUACUUCAGCACCAUGCCUGAGAAGAACCUUUCCUCAUGGAAUGCAAUGAUUACAGGCUUCAUCAAGUAUGGCAUGGUGGAGGAAGCUAGGAGCUUGUUUGAGCAGAUGCCAAGGAGAAAUGUCAUUUCCUAUACUGCCAUGAUAGAUGGAUAUAUGCAGAUAGGAGAAGUUGACAAGGCUAGGGCGUUGUUUGAUUAUAUGCCAACAAAAAAUGAAGUUUCUUGGACUGUGAUGAUAAGUGGAUAUGUAGACAACAAUAGGUUUGAUCAGGCAAAGAAUUUGUUUGAGCAGAUGCCAACUAAGAAUGUUGUUGCUAAAACUGCCAUGGUUGUAGGGUUCUUCAAGGAGGCUCGCCUGGAUGAAGCAAAGAUACUAUUUGAUGGGAUUUCUUCUAAAGAUACUGUUGCCUUUAAUGCAAUGAUUGCAGGUUAUGUGCAAAAUGGAUGCAAUGAGGAGGCGUUGAAUUUACUCGUUCAAAUGUUGAGGAUGUGUCUACAGCCAGAUAUUUCCACUGCUGUUUCAGCUCUUAAUGCGUGCUCAAAUCUUGCAUCGCUAGCUAUAGGGAGACAAAUGCAUUCGUUGAUUCUUAAAACUGGGUUGGAAUCCAAGUUCCCGGCAUGUCAUGCUUUGAUUACCAUGUAUGGUAAAUGUGGUAGCAUUCUUGAUUCUGAAUUCGCUUUUGCACUUAUCCCCAACCCAGACCUUGUUUCUUGGAACACCAUCAUAGCUGCCUUGGCGCAACAUGGCCUGUACGAGAAAGUUGUUGCAUUCUUUGAGCGGAUGGUAUCUGAAGGACGUGAACCAGAUGGGAUAACGUUUCUCACCUUAUUGUCUGCUUGUGCGCAUACAGGGAUGGUUAAAGAGAGCAUGUUUUGGUUUGAUUCAAUGACUAGAACCUACAAACUUAGUCCCCAGUCUGAGCACUAUGCUUGUUUGAUUAACAUUUUAGGCCGAGCAGGCCAAUUGGAGAAAGCUUUGCAGAUCACCCGAGAGAUGCCUUUCGAAGCUGACUCUGCUGCUUGGGGUGCUCUUCUUGCAAGCAGUUUUGCUCACUCAAAUUUGGAACUGGGAAUGCUCGCCGGGGAGAAAAUCAUGGAACUGGGUUCUCAGAAUUCAGCAUCAUAUGUUAUGUUGUCGAACAUAUAUGCUGCAGCUGGGAUGUGGGGGGAGAUCUCAAGAAUGAGAGGCAUGAUGAAAGAGCAAGGGAUUAAGAAGCAACCUGCUUGCAGUUGGACUGAAAUAGAAAGUGAAGUCCAUUACUUUUUGGGAGGUGAUUCUUCUUAUCCUAAUAUGCAAGAAAUUCAUUCAACAAUCAAGCGGAUCAACUUGCAGAUGAAAUCGCAAGAGGACUUUGUAAUUGGUAACUUUUUCCUGGAUAUUUCUUAGCUGAAAUGCAUUGCUAUUGAGUAUUGACAUAUCCCCUAAGCAAAAGAGAUUCAGUUCAGCAUCUGGGAUUUGGACACUGGAGUGGUAAUUACCAAACCAACAGAUGGUGAAACAUGGAGAGCAAGCAUUAAGCAGAGCAACUGAGCAAGUUCAAUCUGGUUUAGUAGAAAGCUAUGUGCCCCUACGGCAUAGCUGUCGAAAGGUUGAGUGUGGGUGUAGUGACCCAACGAAUACCCAGGUUUGAAUCCUCAAUGAGAGACUGGGAGAGGAUAUCAGCCUUAGGGCAAAAAGCAAGUACUCAGAUUCUGCGUCAUUGAGAUACAUCUCACGAUUUACCUCUUCUCACAAUUCUCGGUACAGGGAGUGAGGGGCCCUCAGGUUGAGGGUUUAAUCUUAGUAAGAAAUAGUCGAACAAAAGUGUGAUGCAAUUUGUCGUCUGCUUUUACAUGAUCUCAUUGUGUAUACAAAGCUCACCCUUGAAUAAGUCGUACCAGCACUGCACCUGCCAUUGUUCUAACGUCUUGAUAGAUGAGGUAUUUACAUGAUCCCAUCGUGUAUACAAAGCUCGCCCUUGAAUUAGUCGUACCAGCACUACACCUGCCAUUGUUCUAAAGUCUUGAUAAAUGAGGUAAAUUAUGAGAUGAGAUUCGAUUUAGAGUUCCCAACCAAACAUUUUGCCUAUAUUUGGUGAAAAAUGGAUGCCAAAGUCUGGCAUUCAGGUGGAACAACUACUAUGCUUAGGUUGAUUUCUCCAAAACCAAGCAUGCAGUUAAUAGAACAGCAGAUUUUGGUGGUCCAUUCUACUAGCCAGCUUUGACCGUAUCAUUGCUAUCUAAUACAACAACUAGUGAAUUUUCUGAUGUUACAGUUUAAUGGUCAAACUUUUAAGCAUUCAUGCACGUUUAAUUUCAUUAACAAUGCAACUUUAUUAUAUAUAUAUUUUUGAAGCCAUGGUUGAGACAAUCUAACAGUCCUUGAUAUAUACAAAGACUUGUAAGUUGUUGGCAUGCCUAUUAUCCCUA